CUUGUGGACACUUCUCUUAUAAAUGCCGACUCUCUCAAACCUCCACAGUCAUAGCAGUCUGAGUCCUGUCUGCAGCUUCACUCUCAGCCCAACUCAGCUCACGUACGGAGUCUUUGAUCCUUCUGCUUCGACACAGUUUUCUUCUUAAUUCUCUUAAAGCUGCUUAAAGAAAACUCCUACAGACGAAACAUGCUGCCUGCAACCUUCAAACUGUGCGCCGGUAUCUCCUAUCGGCACAUGAGGAGCAUGACAGGUCUGAAGAAGACCGCCCUGGUGGCCAUUCACCACGAGCUGAACCGAUUGGCCGGGCCGGGCCCGAGUACCUGGAUCAGCCAGGUCCGCAGACGCAGCUCCCUCCUCGGUAAGUCACAGGAGGAGGAGAGGUACAGCGAUGAAGAGCUGUCCUAUCUGAAGCAAGGAGAGGAGGCGCUGCAGAGAGCCAUCAGCAUCCUGAGCCUGCAGGACGGCUGGAGCCUGGAGACUGUAGCGGCUAACGGAGACAGGGUCCUAAGCAAGGUGCUGCCUGACAUCGGGAAGGUGUUCCGGCUGGAGGUGCUGAUGGAGCAUCGCCAAGACGACCUGUACCGAGAGCUGGUGGGCAACAUGGAGCACAUGGGGGAGUGGAACCCAAACGUUAAAGAGAUCAAGAUCCUUCAGAAGAUCGGCCGGGACACCUUGGUGACCCACGAGGUUGCCGCGGAGACGCCGGGCAACGUGGUCGGCCCGCGGGACUUCGUCAGCGUCCGCUGUGCCAAGCGGCGCGGCUCCACCUGCUUCCUGGCGGGAAUGUCCACGCAGCACGCCCAGAUGCCCCAGCAGAGGGGAGUGGUCAGACGUAGCCGCGGCAACGGUGCCGGCCCCGGGCGAGUCCGACCUGCGGCGGUCCCGGUACCUCUCGGUCGGUCGGUGCGUCCCGGACCCAGACUGAUGCAGCGUCUCGGUCGGGGAGAAGCCAUGUCGUCGUCCAGCGUCUGUCCCCCUGGGCUGAGGAGCAGCGCCGCAGGAAGCAAGGACGAACGUUUCCAGGACACUCUGCUGGGCUUCCCCCUGUCUGCUCUGGUGCACUGA